AUCCUGUAUAAACACAAACUCACUUCCUUGAAAACCUCCUUCACAAUAGCACUGCUCAACAGUUUUGCGCUGCUCCACGUAGCAUGAAUGCCACGGUAAAUGCUGCACGGCCAAUGCAGAGGACAGAUUGACUAUGUAGCUCCUUUAACUCUAACUAUUGCUUGCUUGACAAUACAAUAUUUCACAACAAGAGGGUUGUUGUCUUUUUUUUAUAUAUUUUUUGUACAUGUAGGCAAAUAUAACCAACAGCCCUGAAUGGAAUUGUAUCCAUACGAACGAUUCUGAAACCAUGUUCCCGACUAACUUUGCAUGGGGCGCGGCUACAUCCGCUUAUCAAAUCGAAGGAGGCUGGAAUGUGGAUGACAAGGGACCGAGCAUUUGGGACACGUUCUGUCACGAAGGGGGCAGACUAGUGUUCGAGGGCCAGAGUGGAGAUGUCACCUGUAACAGCUAUGAGCUCUGGGAAGAGGACCUCCGGUGUAUCCGUCAGCUAGGCCUGACCCACUACCGCCUGUCUCUGUCCUGGUCCCGCCUGCUACCGGAGGGGAUAACACGGCAUGUCAAUCAAAAAGGUUUGCGAUACUACAACAAAGUGAUCAAUGAUUUGGUGGCUAGUGACGUGUUGCCCAUGGUUACUCUGUACCACUUUGACCUGCCACAAGCUCUCCAGGACCAGGGAGGUUGGAAAUCACCUGAGAUUGCGGCCAUCUUUGACAGCUACGCCCGCUUCUGCUUUGAAUCGUUCGGGGAUCGUGUGAAACUGUGGAUCACGUUGAACGAGCCGUACGUGUGCGCUAAACUGGGCCACGAGGAUGGCAUCUUUGCCCCGGGGGUAAAAGAACCAGGGAUGGCUGCCUACCUGGUGGGACACAACAUGCUACGUGGCCACGCCAGGGCCUGGCACAGCUACAAUGUCCUCUACAGGGCAAAACAGGGUGGCUCGGUGUCCUUAGCGAUUAAUAGCGACUGGGCUGAACCGUUGGACCCGGCCAGUCCCGAUGACACGGCCGCCACCGAACGCUACCUGGCCUUUACAAUAGGGUGGUUUGCCUGGCCCCUGUUUGUCACUGGAGACUACCCAGAAGUGAUGAGGUCUAGUAUUGAGGUCAGAAGCAAAGAACUGGGUUACCAAGAAGGUUCUAGACUGCCCAGGUUCUCCAAAGACGAGCCUAGUCUUCUCGGCACGGCUGACUUUUUUGCGUUGAACUACUAUACGUCUCGGAUGGUGAAGCCAGGGGAAUGUUGUCCAGGGGUGUUGGGGUUGAAGAGUGACCAGGAUGCAGAGGGGGUGGUGGACCCAUCCUGGCCGGUAUGUGGGGUGUCAUGGCUGGCUGUGGUUCCUGACGGCUUGAGGAAACUGCUGAAGUACAUUAAGGACACAUUCAACAACCCUGCGGUCUACAUCACAGAAAAUGGCUUCUCCCAGGUGGGGCCAGUGGACAUGGAAGAUGUCCAGCGUUGUGGGUUUUACCAUGACAUCAUCCAGGAAAUAGCCAGAGCUCUCCGAGAGGAUGGUGUUGACGUGCGAGGCUAUUUCGCCUGGUCUCUCCUGGAUAACUUUGAAUGGGCCGACGGGUUCAGUGUACGUUUUGGCCUGUUCCACGUGGACUUCUCUCGACCGGAGCGACCACGGACUGCUUACCGCUCUGGAAGGGAGUAUACCGGCAUAAUUUCCAAGUACAGAUCUCAGACCAUGGUAAAUAUCUAAACAGCCAAUGGGCACAGUGUUAAUCAGCCAAUAACAGCUAUUUUUUUUGCUCAAUGUUCUGUUCUAAUCGACUGCAACCAUGCUUGGUCCAUUGCAAUGUUCCUACAGGCAAUUUUGAAUUGAAGCCCAUAUGAAACAGAUUGUAGCUCCACUUUUCUCUGUCAACCCUGAAAAUGUUUUGUUAAACAGUGCUAAGCUUAUUCUGCUUCCUUCGCAAUAAAGUGAUUUUUGUCUGA